UUGCAGUGUCAUCCAAAAAUUCAUCAGGUGCAUCUUCAACACACGCUCAAAUUGCAAGUUACUCCACUCGAAUCAACUCAUCAACAAAUCGAUCCUCCAUCGCACCAAUGAAGUUCGAUCUGUCGGUCCGCUCCGGCUCGAGCACCAGCUCUUCGCCGGAGAGAGAUCCCGGCACCAAGAGGGAAUCCGCGUUCGGGAGGCUGCGCCGCAAGCUGUCCCCGAGGAGGAGCGCGGACCGCCGCCCUCCCUCCGCCGAUGAUGCCGGCGGCUACGACUGCGGGAAGUCCGGCGAGCUCCGGAGAGUGUUCGACUUCUUCGACGAGAACGGGGACGGGAGAAUAUCCCCCGCGGAGCUGAGGAGCUGCGUGAGGAGCCUGGGCGGGGACCUGUCGAGCGAGGAGGCGGAGAUGGCGGUGCGGGCGUCGGACCUCGACGGGGACGGGAUGUUGGGGUUCGAGGAGUUCGAGAGCCUCGUGGAGGGCGGCGGGGAGGAGGAGAGGAGGAAGGACCUGGAGGACGCGUUCGGGAUGUACGACAUGGACGGGUCGGGCUGCAUCACAGCGAGCGGCCUGAAGAGGAUGCUGAGCCGGCUGGGCGAGACGAGGUCCGUCGAGGACUGCAAGGCCAUGAUCAGGGCGUUCGACCUCAACGGCGACGGAGUACUCAGCUUCGACGAGUUCAGGGUCAUGAUGCGCUGAUUCACGCGUUCUCCCCGGACCGUCGGAGACCAAGCGAAAUUGCAUUCUUUGUUCUUUCAAUUGUUUUUGGCUUUUUUUCGGAUCAUCAAACGUUUGGUACGUACGAUACAGCUGUACUGUAUAAAAGUGAUGAGUUGGACAAUUUAUGUCGUGAUUGCA